AUGAGUAGCGGUUCAAAUCAAAGAACUUUGUUCCAGACUUGGGGCGUAUCGGUGUCUGAAAAUAAUGUCGUCCAACCGAAGGAUACGGCCAAGAAAGCAGCCACUGGACGGCGCAGAGCAAAACCGGGCAGCAGCGCUUCGGCAUGCGGGGGAGAUGACCCGACGUUGGCGUUACCCCCCCACGGUUCGUUAUGGGGUGAAAUUGGUCAUGGGUCUGUGAACACGGAGAGCACCUGGGUAAGGAUGGAUGGCCCCGCAUCAGCAGUUGAAGAGGAGGACGACGACGAUCUGAUGAUAGCCGCUGUCUACGAGGCUGAGAAGACGCUGCAACUGAAUGUAAACUCUGUGCAAAAUAACAACGCGUCCGCGGCACAGAGCACUUCUCCCUCUCCAGUGCAAACGCCCGGAAAGUGCUAUCCGGACUUCCCUGGCUUUGACAGCUCAGCGGCUACGGUGUGGAUCUAUCCUACCAACUACCCGAUCAGGGAAUAUCAGCUGAAGAUAUCUGAGGCUGCCUUAUAUCAAAAUACCCUUGUGUGCCUUCCCACCGGUUUAGGAAAGACCUUUAUAGCCUCUGUGGUUAUGUACAACUUCUAUCGUUGGUACCCGUCGGGAAAAAUCGUAUUUAUGGCCCCGACCAAACCCCUUGUUGCGCAACAGAUCGAGGCCUGUUACAAAGUGAUGGGCAUCCCACAGUCACACAUGGCUGAAUUGACAGGCAGCACAGCAGCAGGAAAGAGGCAGGAUCUGUGGAGGUCGAAGCGAGUCUUCUUCCUCACCCCUCAGGUCAUGGUGAAUGACCUGUCCAGAGACACUUGUCCAGCCCUGCUUGUCAAGUGUAUGGUGAUUGAUGAAGCCCACAAAGCACUGGGUAACCAUGCCUACUGUCAGGUGGUGAGACAGCUGAGCAGUCUCACUCAGCAAUUCCGUAUCCUUGCUCUCAGUGCUACCCCGGGUGGAGACACCAAGUCAGUGCAGCAGGUGAUCUCAAAUCUGUUAAUCUCCCACAUUGAGCUGCGUUCAGAGGAAAGCCCAGACAUUCAGGCCCACUCCCACCAGCGUAGUCUGGAGAAAGUGGUGGUGCCUUUAGGAGAGGCCCUCGCUGAACAGCAAGCUCGCUACUUGCAGGUGCUGGAGAAGUUUACCUCACGGUUGGUGCAAAGCCAGGUCAUGGGCCACAAGGACCUAAAGACCCUCACCAAAUACCAGCUCAUCCUGGCAAGGGAACAGUUCCGUAAAAACGCUCCAUCUCAACCCAAGGGCUUGCUGCCGGCAAUGCUGGAAGGCGACUUUGCCCUUUGCAUUAGUCUGUGUCAUGGCUACGAACUACUGUUGCAGAAUGGACUCCGAUCACUCUUCUUUUAUGUCCAGAGCAUCAUGGAUGGAUCCAGAGAGAUGUGUAGGGCAAGGAAUGAGCUGCAGAGAACUCCCAUCUUCAUGGAGCUUUACCAUGAGAUGGAAGCAUUGUUUCUGAAGCCAUCAGCAGGUCCAGAUGAACCUUUCAUUUACAGUCACCCCAAACUGCAGAAACUAGAGGAUGUGGUGCUGCAGCACUUUAAACUAUGGGAGGAGCGUUCAUCUGCCAACAAUGGUCCAAAACAUGCCUCUGCAAGCAGACCUCUGGAAGUCAGCACACGUGUAAUGAUCUUCUCUUCAUUCCGUGAAAGCGUGCAGGAGAUAGCAGCCAUGUUGAAUCGUCACACACCGCUGAUCAGGGUCAUGACAUUUAUGGGCCAGGCUUCGGCACGGAAAGGGGUUAAAGGGUUCACCCAGAAGGAGCAGUUGGAGGUGGUACAUCGGUUCCGCCAGGGUGGUUUUAACACACUGGUGUCGACCUGUGUUGGGGAGGAAGGGCUCGAUAUCGGAGAAGUGGAUCUCAUUGUUUGUUUCGAUGCCCAGAAGAGCCCAAUCCGCCUGGUCCAGCGCAUGGGACGCACUGGGCGUAAACGGGAGGGACGCAUCGUUGUCAUCUUGGCUGAGGGGCGUGAGGAGAGGACUUACAACCAGAGCCAGAGCAACAAGCGCAGUGUGUACAAGUCCAUUAUCGGCAAGAAGAGCAGCUUCCACAUGUACCCGAACAGUCCCCGCAUGCUGCCUGCAGAGCUGAACCCCACCCUGCACAAGAUGCAUAUUACCUGUGGCCAGUUUGCCCACCAGGAGAGCAGCAGGCGAACCAUCAAGGGGCGAAGGUCUCAUACUGAAGGACUAGGCUCACUCAUCCACCCUCAAAACCUGGUCCAGCAGAGCAGUGUAAAGCCGGAUGGAUUUCUCAGCCCCACAGAGUAUUCCCAGUGGGAAUCUACUAUGAAAUUGGAGGAAAAUGAAGUUCAUCCAACACUGAGACAAUCACACUUCAUGUCUCUUCCAAAUGACCAGUCACCUCAGGAAGAGGUCUCCAAAAAUGGCCCACCAUCCAGAACGCUGUCUCUGUGGGAGUGGAGACACUGGCAGAACAGAGCACUUCCGACCCAUUUUGUGGACCAUUCCCUCCGCUGUUACCAUUUCAUCAAGGUGAUGGAGCUCAUUGACGGCAUGAGAGAAGAAGAUGAGGGACAGUGUAGGUAUGAACAGGAGCUGCGUCCUCACCUCCACAAAGCUGAUGUUGACUUCACAGAGAAUCGAAAGCUUGACAAGACCAUUAACAAAAAGAGACAGAAGGACACAAAGGCCUGGCCCAAAAUCACAAAGUGCAAACACAAACAUUCUUGCCCCUCUUUGUCUGAUUUAGACGGUGUUGAAGAGAAAGGAAAGAUGGGGUUAGUCAUGCCCUUGACCGUGAUAAAGAAUCAGCUGUCUGGAGAAUUUUAUACCAAGGCGUCCUGUGAUGGCAUUCGCAGUCACUCAGGAUCUGAGACGAUCUGUCCCUUUCCUACAAGUAAUCAACCUCCCUUUGAUAGCACUGAUCAUGACUGUCUCACUGUUUCUGAAGAGAUUGACAAUCCUGGAAUCCAGUCUCCAGGCAAGGAUGCUGUCAGUGAUCCAGGAAAUUUAGAUUGCAUUUUCCAGAUCGUUGCUAAAAGUGAUGAAAAUAAGCCUAGCCCAGAAGAAGAACUUGAAACUCAGGACAUGUUUUACCUUCCUAAAUGUAAUUCUGCUGCUUCCUCCUCCACCAAAUUUCUGCCAGAGAGACAAAGCACUGAGAAUCUGAGGGUUAUCCUGGCUAAUGUGGCUGAGCUCCUGUCCAGGUCCCCACCUCCUGUUCCAGCCUCCAUGACUGCCUUUGACUCAGACAUUUCCUUGUUGGACCCUAUACCAGCCACCACCACAAGACCAUGUGAGUCUCCUGAACCAGUGCUGGAGGACAGGAAAUGCUGUCAGCCAUUCCAGGUCAACUUUGCCCUGGAUGUGGAUGAUGAUGAUGAUGAUGAUGAUGAUGAUGAUCAUUUGAUUAUUGAGGACUCUGACUGUGCUUCCCGAUGUGCCAAUUCAAAUGAGGAUGCAUUGGGGGUGGUGGACGCCAAAGUCUAUCAUGAUUCAUCUCUUCUGCAGCUGCGGCAGCUCCCCUCUGCCAGCUCCCCACCAGUUUCUGAACCUCCAGACAACAGAGACGGAUCAGCGGCCAACAGCCCAAGCUGGGAUGACCUCUUCUUGGAUGACAGUAGUAAUGAUAAUAAAAACUUAAGGGGGGAAGGCAUCGAUGAAGUAGUUGACGAUUACAUUGAGACUGACUCUCUAGAAGAAGUCGGUAAUGGGGUUGCCGAAAAGGACAGCAAAGUGAAAAAUGGGAAUGAUGACAUGGGCAAGAGGGAAGACAGUUGGGAUAAUGUUAGGAAUCAUGAAAUGCAUGGAAAUGGUGUGCCAGAUGAUGAUAUGGAUGAGCAAAAGAACUCUCAAAUUUCAUAUACCCACCAGCCCACUCAGUCUCCUUCUCCAGCUCUGCAGCAGUGUACAUCCAGCAUGGAUGACAGCAUUGAUUUGUUUGGGGAUGAUGAAGCCUUCAUUGAAAUGGCCAUCCCCAACGUUCCCACACGAGAAGAUUCCAUCAGUCCCAAAACAUCACCCAGUGCUGGGCAUACCACUCAUAGUUCAAAACAUACACUAAACUCUUCAAACACAUGUACCUCCAUGAGCAAAUUUAGCACUGCAUGCUUGACUGACAGCACAGAUGGAGUCAACACAAUGCACAUUACACACAUGAUGGACAACACAAGCCGCAUACCCAGCAUUAGAAGUACUCAUACCACUGAGCAAUAUCCAGAGAGGAAACAGCAGAACACAGUAGAGACCAAUAGAGUAAUACAGGAGAAACUCUCAGCACCAUCAAGUAAGUGUGAAACAGACAAAUGCAUAGCAGAGUCAUUCAGCUACUCAGCUGACUUAUUCUCUGUCAACUUUGACCUAUGUUAUUCACCGGAAAACUCUGAGGAUGAAGCAGAGGAAAAGACUGUCCCUGCCCCAUCUAUGAACACUUACCCCAGGCCUCAACAGCAGGGUUCAAGCGCUGCUUCCACAGUGUCUCUGCCAGCUGCCUCUGGCUCUUCCACUCCUUGCCACAGCGUCCAUAGAGAGAGUACACGGCCCUGUAUGUCUAGGUUAUCUCCACCACAAGCUCUGUCUGAGCAAGGUAAGAGUGAAAUGGACCCCACUUUGAACUUAUCUCUGACUUCUAGCUAUGGGGCUCGCCUACCUCAUAUCACAGCACUGGAUGUUAGGCAGACUUCCAUGACUGGGCCUAGCCCCUCCUCUAUACAACCCAACUUGAAAAGUAAACAGUCGGAGGGGCUCACCACUGAGGCUGAGAGAGGGAUCACAGCCAGGCAGAAGACACUGAGCAAGAAACGUUUUCAUCAGGAAUUUGUGCCAGUGUUCAGCCCUCCCAUUCAUGCAGGAGUGUGUAGCAGUGACAGUGACGAUGAAGUUGUGGCUCAUAAAAGAAGACAUCAGAUCAAGGCCAACCCCUUGUCUUCACCCCAAAUGUCUGACAAAACAGGGGGGAAAGCUUCGUCUGACGAUGAUUUCCAGAAUGACUCCAUCAUCUCACGCAAGACCAGAGCAUCAGGACCUGUGAGACCUCGUGAACAUGGGGGCAAAUCUAAGCUUGGCUCAUGGCGAGGAGGCCGUUACUUCCUGGAUGAGGAAGCUGAUCUAGAUGAGAACGACGAGAUGGAGGUGUCAUCUGAUGAAGAGGAUGGAGAAGAACAGAACAAGUCUCUUCAAGGCUUUGUGGUGGACAACACAGUCUUAUCUCAGGGACUCAACGACUCGGAGAUGCAGGGCGUGUACCUGAAGUCGGUGAGAAGCCCUGCCAUUGGUGGCAAGUUCAAAAUGUCUUUUAGAAACUGCCACAACAUGGACGUCUUCUCCCAGAUGCCUGAGGUUGAUGAUGAAACGUAUGCAGAGGACAGCUUUGUGGUUGGCAGUGAUAUGGAGGAGCUAGAGAACAGUGAGGAGGAAGGUGAAGAAAUGGUCAUUGACCUUGUCCCCGAGGACUCCUACGUGGAUGGAAGGAGGCAGUAUGCCACCAGACGCAGAGCUCUUCUACACCACAUCAGGGCUAAAGCUGGGCCUGGAUCCCCGACUGAGCAAAGCGGACCCCACGUAAAGGCCGGGGUAAAAACCAAACGCUCCCGCAUCAUAUGCAUACAGGAUUCCAGUGAGGAGGAAACAGAGGAGGCUGUCAAAGAGAAGAACAGGAGGACUGAUGGGGACAUUGCCAUUCCCCUAAGGGCAGAAGUGGUAAACGAGGACUUAACAUCCAGCAAGCCUCCUCAGCAACAGAAUGCUCUGUCCUCCUCUUCUACCAUAGCAGCUAAGGUGUCAUCCCUGAGCAAGGGGGAGAAAAGACUCACAAAUGAGGGACAGCAAGAGGAGAGGUGUCGCAAGAGGCUGCAAAACCAGUCCCUGCUGUCUGACCAGCUGGACUUCACGGAGUCAGAGUCCCUGUUAGCCUCAUGGAAACAACCACAGGCAACCCCUUCCACCUCCUCCUCAGUACCCCUGUCUCAGAAGGCUGUCGGUCAGACGUCUUCUGUAAACGAGUCUCCUUCUCCGUCUGGGACUCCUUCUGGGCGCGUGUCCAUUUUGGUAGACAGUCGAUGCAUCAGCAGCGGCGUGGAGGUUGUCAGCAGCCUGCGUCAGCGCCAUGCCAUCACCGUGCAUGUCUGCUCUUUGGACAGCAGCUACUUUAUUGUCAGCAACCGCAUGGCAGUGGAGAGGCACAGCCAAUCGAAUCUGGCCGCGAUGCAGAACCGGAAGCGGUUGGCUGAGAGAGUGAUCAGCUUGCAGGGCCUGUUUGAGCGUGUCUGUUUCAUAGUGGAAAAAGACCGCAUUAAACCAGGUGAUGCAUCCCGUCCGUUCUUGGGAACACGUUUCUAUGACAGCACAGUGACGGCGCUGGUUUGUGCUGGGGUGCGCCUGCUGUGGAGCGACGGCCCUGUGGAGAGUGCCGCCUUACUGGCCGACCUGGCUCGGCUGGAGCACCGGAAAGGCCAGAGCAUCACAGUGCCCUUAGAGGUCAAAGGGCAACACAGGCAGGGAGCGCUGCAGUUCUGCCUGACUCUGCCCUGUGUCAGCUAUGUUCACGCCCUUAACAUGAUCCACAACUUCAGAUCCAUGAACCAGCUCAUCAACAGCUCCAUCGAGGCCAUACAGAAGGGAGGCUGUGUGAGUCGAUCCAGGGCAGAAGAAAUCUACCACCGCCUGCACUACUCCUGCGACAUGUUCCUCAUGAAUGUAGCCACAGCAAAGAAGAAUGGCUAGCUGCUAAAACAGAAGCCUCUGAGAAAAGUGCAAUCUCAAAUCCCUUCCCCCAACUUUUCAUUCCUAAAAUUCUUGAUUUCCCUGCUGUUUCUUUCAUCUAUUGUCUCUUUUACUUUACUUCCCCUUUCCCUUUAUUUGGUAAUGCCUCUUUACUUUAACCCACUUUCCUUUCUCCCUUCAUACCCCGUCAGUAUUCUGUUUUUGUCUCAGUGUUUCUGUGGUCACCGGCACCAUCGAAUAUCAAGAUAUUGAGAUGGUGUACUUUAUAAAAAGACCCACAAUAUGACAGCUUUUGCACAGCAAAUUUAAGGUGGACCUAAUUCAGCUUCAGAAUUUGUAUGCAACAUAUGCCUCUCCUUCAUAUUACAUAUGAUGCUUUUUUCCACAUUUGGAAAUUAUUAACCUGAAUAGUGUCCCCCUUAAUAUUUGAUAUAAUGGUUUAGAUUUUUUUCCUUUUAUUUUGUCAAAUUAUGAUUUCAGCAAAAUUUUUAUUUAAAAAAAAAAACAUCAAUAUUUGAUAAAACGUGACUCAUUA